CCAGGACGGAGUUCCACCGCCGCUUUCGUCGCCUAGCAAAUGCAGGCGCAUGGUGCCAUAUGCCAGUAUGAUAAUAUCCUCUUGAUUCUCCGACCUUGGGCAUCAUAUCGUACCCUUUCAAAAAACCUUCUUCAUCCCCCACUAUGUCACGUGUGAGCAUUUCUAUUGAUCGUGGCGGUACAUUCACCGAUGUCUACGCGUCGGUACCUGGCCAAGAUGAUAUCGUCCUCAAGAUCUUGUCUGUCGACCCUGCGCAUUAUCCCGAUGCGCCCACUGAAGGCAUCCGGCGGGUACUAGAGCUUGUCACGGGUAAGGCCCAUCCGCGUGGCCAAUCCCUAGACCUCAGCCGCGUGGAAAGAAUACGCAUGGGAACGACCGUGGGAACGAACGCGCUGCUCGAGCGUAAGGGUGCGCGCUCAGCUCUGUUGGUUACAAAAGGCUUCAAAGAUCUUCUGAAGAUUGGUAAUCAAUCACGUCCCAACAUCUUCGAUUUGAAAAUUUCCAGGCCGGAUCUGCUGUAUUCAUCAGUGGUCGAGGUGGAUGAGCGCAUAACUCUCGAAGAUGCAACAGAACUUCCCAGGUCUGAUAUUGACCUUGCUUCAGAUCCGAGCCUCUGCGUUGCGACUACGGGCGAGAUAGUAAGGGUUUUACGAGUUCCAAAUACUGAUUCCAUACGCCACCAUCUGCAGAAGCUAUGGGAUGAGGGGUAUCGGUCUAUCUCUGUUGUUUUCCUUCAUUCAUAUCUAUAUCCACAGCAUGAGCGUAUAGUCGGCGGACUCGCUCGCUCGAUGGGAUUCUCAGUGGUUGAGUCCUCGUCGCUGCAGCCGAUGAUUCGGGCCGUACCUCGAGGAAUGUCUGCUACGGCCGAUGCCUACUUAACACCUGUUAUCAAAUCCUACAUAGACUCGAUCUCGCAAAAUUUCGAUGGUGGCUUGGGAUCCGUCGGUUGCCAGACUGAGUUUAUGCAGUCCGAUGGUGGACUGGUGGAUUUUCGGCGCUUCAGUGGUUUAAAAAGCAUCCUGUCUGGACCUGCGGGGGGAGUUGUCGGAUAUGCCCAGACGACUUGGGACGAGGAGGAGCGAAAACCCGUCAUAGGAUUUGACAUGGGAGGCACGUCUACGGAUUGCUCUCGAUUUGGUGGGACAUUCGACCACGUAUUCGAGACUACAACUGCUGGCAUCUCGAUUCAGAGCCCUCAGUUGGAUAUCAAAACUGUUGCUGCUGGUGGCGGAUCCAUGUUGUUCUGGCGGGAUGGACUGUUCGUAGUUGGUCCAGACUCUGCUGGAGCCCAUCCUGGACCGGCAUGUUAUAGAAAGGGAGGACCAUUGGCAGUCACAGAUGCCAAUCUGUUCCUUGGUCGUAUCCAACCGGAGUACUUUCCUCAUAUAUUCGGUCCGGAUGAAGACGAGCCUCUCGGGACCGAGAUUGUGGACCUGAAGUUCCGCGAACUGACAGAAAAAAUCAACCUGGACAAUCGUGCACAGGGAAGACCAGAGUUUACGCCUGAAGAAGUGGCCUUGGGAUUCCUCAGAGUUGCUGACGAGGUUAUGGCUCGACCAAUUCGAGCGCUCACCGAGGCACAGGGAUAUGACGCAUCAGAACAUGUCCUUGCUAGCUUUGGCGGUGCCGGUGGUCAGCAUGCUUGUUCAUUAGCCUCUGCGCUUUCGAUCCAGAGAGUUGUUAUUAACAAGUAUUCAUCGAUUUUGUCGGCAUAUGGAUUGUCACUUGGUGACGUUGUGCACGAGGUACAGCAACCCGCGGCUAUCGAGUACAAUAACGAAAACAAAGCCGAAAUCCGAGAAUCAUUGGGAUCACUCGCGAAAGAGGCAUCUGGAUACCUUCUGAGCCAAGGUCUACAGGAAGGGCAAAUCAAGCACCACCGGUAUCUGAACAUGCGAUAUGAGGGUUCUACCGCAUCGUUCAUGAUUCUAGAAGGAGACCACAACGACGACUUCCAGUCCCUCUUCGAAGAUCGACAUUUGCGUGAGUUUGGCUUCAAGUUUUCUGACAAGAAGAUUCUCAUCGACGAUUUCCGAGUUCGCGGUAUUGGAUCGACAGCUUCUGAUCCGGGUAAAAGCCCGUUUGAACAGCUCAAGAGCGUCGUAGGCAUAGACGUUGAUCUUCCCGAAGCUAAGAAAGUUGCUUCUGUGUGCUUUAGUGCCAUCGUUGGACGCGAACCUACGCCAGUGUACCUUCUCAACGACUUGCAGCCUGGCGUCAAGAUUCCAGGUCCUGCGAUAAUUCUUGACAAGACUCAAACUAUCUUAGUUGUCCCUCAAAGCGUUGCGACUAUUUUGGAAAGCUGUGUCGUAAUCGACCUGAAACCGUCCAGCGAGGAUCAAAAUACUUCCGUUGACCAAAAACUGCAAGUCAACCCCAUCCAGCUAUCGAUAUUUGGUCACCGGUUCAUGUCUAUUGCCGAGCAGAUGGGUCGAGCGCUACAAAAAACCGCUGUUUCUACAAACAUAAAGGAGCGGUUAGACUUCUCUUGCGCUCUAUUCUCGCCUGAUGGAGGCCUCGUUGCAAAUGCUCCUCAUGUUCCUGUUCAUCUUGGCUCUAUGCAAUUUGCUGUGAGAUAUCAGCACAACUUUUGGAAGGGCCAAAUCCAAGACGGAGAUGUUUUAGUGUCAAAUCAUCCUUCCGCCGGUGGCACGCAUCUCCCUGAUAUUACUGUCAUCACACCGGUGUUUGCCAAAGGCUCGCCAAAGGAAGUCGUGUUCUACGUUGCAUCGCGAGGUCAUCAUGCGGACAUCGGUGGAAUCCUUCCAGGCUCUAUGCCUCCGCAUUCCAAUCGCUUGUACCAAGAAGGUGCAGCUAUCAUGGCCGAGAAGCUUGUGUCUAACGGAGUGUUCAAUGAGCACAGAAUCACUGAGUUGCUCCGCGAUAUUCCUGCACAAUACCCUGAUUGCUCUGGCACUAGGUGCCUAAACGACAAUAUCUCUGAUUUACAAGCGCAGGUUGCAGCCAACAAUAAAGGUAUCCAAUUGAUUCAGGCCAUGAUCACAGAAAAUGGGCUUGAUCAGGUACACAUGUACAUGACUGCUAUUCAAGAUACAGCCGCCACUGCCGUUAGAAAUCUCCUACGAGAGGUAUACGCGAAAACUGAUGGAAGGCCACUUCAAGCUAUUGACUUCAUGGACGACGGAACCCCAAUUUCCCUCCAAGUCAGGAUUGAUGCUGAUGCUGGGUCUGCUGUCUUCGACUUUAGCGGCACUGGGCCGCAGGUGUACGGCAAUACCAACGCUCCAGUCGCCAUUACCCACUCAGCGAUUAUCUACUGUCUUCGCAGCCUUGUAGCUUCUGAUAUUCCCCUCAAUCAAGGGUGCCUCGCGCCUAUAACCAUUAUCAUUCCGCCAUCCUCGUUGCUAAGUCCCGCCAAAGAUGCCAGCGUCGUGGGUGGCAACGUCCUUACCAGCCAACGCAUAACUGACGUCGUACUACAAGCGUUCAACGCAAGUGCAGAUUCCCAGGGCUGCAUGAACAAUCUCACAUUUGGCAUCGGCAACACCAACACUGAUUCUUCCGCACCACCAACUAAGGGUUUCGGAUACUACGAAACCAUUGCUGGCGGUGCAGGCGCGGGGCCAACAUGGACCGGCGCAAGUGGUGUGCAUACACACAUGACGAACACGCGAAUUACAGAUCCCGAAGUCCUAGAGAAACGCUACCCAGUCAUUCUGCGCGAGUUCGGCAUUCGUGAAGGCAGUGGCGGUAUUGGGGAAUAUGAUGGUGGUGAUGGUGUGGUGAGGGAUUUAGAGUUCAGGGUCGCCAUGUGGGUUAGUGUCUUGACGGAGCGCAGGUCCAGAGCACCCAAUGGUAGGGGUGGAGGCGGAGACGGCAAACCUGGGAGGAAUUUGUGGAUCAAGGGGAGUACUAAAGAUCAUAUCAACGGAGGUAAUGAAAUUCAACACAAAGACGGUGAAACUGUGAGCUUGGGAGGAAAGGCCAGUGUUUUUGUUGAUGUGGGGGACCGCAUUGUGCUGCAAACGCCUGGAGGUGGAGGAUGGGGCAAGCAAGUACGUAUCAACUCGUAAUACCGUCAUUUAUUUUUGAGAUAUCGCGACGCUAGCAUAUGGAUUGUAGUGACUUCCAU